AUGGCAAUUGAUUUGAACCUGGAGACCAUACACACGCGCGGUCAGUGUCGCGUGGCCCCAAAUGAAAUCAAGAUCGUGCAGGCAUUUCAAAAUGGAGCCGUUGAUAGAGAGAUCGUAGCGCCCAGAUCAAUCAUAUUUGAAUCAAAGGCUGAUAUUGGUUUCAGAGUCGCCGCUCAUUCCCUCACUCUUUCUUGUUUCAACUCGCCCCAACUCCCUCUUCACCUUUCCAUCGCCGAUUCAACUCGUCAUCUUGCUCUAGGGUUUAGAAGAGGGUUAGUAGUUAAUGCCUUGUAUUGGAUUUCUGAUGUUCAGAUGGCUAUGGAGGUUACUCAAAUCCUUUUAAAUGCACAAGCAGUGGAUGGUGCAUUAAGGAAACAAGCUGAGGAAAACUUGAAACAGUUUCAGGAACAAAACCUUCCAAGUUUCUUGUUUUCUCUUGCUGGAGAAUUGGCAAAUGAUGAUAAACCUGCAGAGAGUCGGAAGUUAGCAGGUUUAAUUCUCAAGAAUGCUCUGGACGCUAAGGAACAGCACAGGAAAAUAGAAUUUGUUCAAAGAUGGCUAUCAUUGGACCCAACUUUGAAAGCGCAGAUUAAGGCAUUCUUGUUGAGGACACUUUCUUCCCCUUCACUAGAUGCUCGGUCAACUGCAUCACAAGUUAUUGCUAAGGUUGCAGGCAUUGAGCUGCCUCAUAAACAGUGGCCUGAAUUGAUAGGAUCCCUCUUGUCCAAUGUCCACCAGCUUCCUGCCCCUACAAGACAGGCAACUCUCGAGACCCUUGGAUACAUUUGUGAAGAAGUUUCCCCAGAUGUAGUAGAACAGGAUCAUGUAAAUAAGAUACUUACUGCAGUUGUUCAGGGAAUGAAUUCAACUGAAGAAAACAAUGAUGUCAGGCUUGCUGCCAUUAAAGCAUUGUAUAAUGCUUUGGGUUUUGCUCAGGCAAAUUUUUCUAAUGACAUGGAGCGUGAUUACAUCAUGAGAAUUGUUUGUGAGACCACCCAAUCUCCUGAAUUGAGAAUUCGACGAGCUGCAUUUGAGUGCUUGGUAGCCAUUUCUUCUACAUACUAUGAGAAGUUGGCUCAAUAUAUUCAAGACAUCUUCAAUAUCACUGCCAAGGCUGUAAAAGAGGAUGAAGAGCCGGUUGCACUUCAGGCAAUUGAGUUUUGGAGUUCAAUAUGCGAUGAAGAAAUUGACAUAUUAGAAGAAUAUGGAGGUGAUUUUAGUGGGGACUCAGAUGUUCCCUGCUUUUAUUUUAUUAAACAGGCACUUUCAUUUCUGGUUCCCAUGUUAUUGGAGACUCUUCUAAAACAAGAAGAAGAUCAAGAUCAGGAUGAAGGAGCGUGGAACAUUGCUAUGGCUGGAGGUACAUGUCUGGGACUAGUUGCCCGGACAGUUGGUGAUGAUAUUGUACCUUUGGUUAUGCCAUUUAUUGAAGAUAAUAUAACCAAACCAGAUUGGAGGCAAAGGGAAGCCUCAACAUAUGCUUUUGGCUCUAUUUUAGAAGGUCCAUCCCUUGAUAAACUUGUGCCUCUGGUGAAUAUGGCUUUGAAUUUCAUGCUGUCUGCGUUGAUGAAAGAUCCAAAUAAUCAUGUGAAGGAUACGACUGCAUGGACUCUUGGACGAAUGUUUGAAUUUUUGCAUGGAUCAGCUCUGGAUACUCCCAUUAUCACUCCGGCAAACUGCCAACAGAUCAUUACUGUGCUGCUUCAGAGUAUGAAAGAUGUUCCAAAUGUUGCUGAGAAGGCUUGUGGUGCUCUUUAUUUUCUUGCCCAAGGGUAUGAGGAUGCUGGCCCUGCAUCCUCUCCCUUGACCCCUUUCUUUGAAGAAAUUGUUCGUGAUCUCCUCACUGUAACUCACAGAGAGGAUGCUGGAGAAUCCCGCCUUAGAACAGCAGCCUAUGAAGCCUUAAAUGAAGUGGUGAGGUGUUCUAAUGAUGAAACAGCUCCAAUGGUGGUACAGCUUGUUCCCGUCAUCAUGUUGGAGCUCCAUCAGACUCUGGAGAAUCAGAAGGUCUCAUCUGACGAGAAGCAGAAUGAGUUACAAGGUCUUUUAUGUGGUUGCUUGCAGGUUAUCAUACAGAAGUUGGGAUCUUCUGAACCAACGAAAUAUCACUUCAUGCAGUAUGCUGACCAAAUAAUGAGUUUGUUUUUGAGAGUGUUUGCUUCUAGAAGUGCAACAGCUCAUGAAGAGGCUAUGCUUGCCAUUGGAGCUUUGGCGUAUUCAACUGGAGCUGAUUUUGCAAAAUACAUGACAGAAUUUUACAAGUAUUUGGAGAUGGGUCUCCAAAAUUUUGAGGACUAUCAGGUUUGUGCUAUCACAGUGGGUGUGGUUGGUGAUGUAUGCAGAGCCUUGGAGGAGAAAAUACUGCCUUAUUGUGAUGGGAUAAUGACCCAACUUCUUAAGGAUUUGUCCAGCAAUCAGUUGCAUAGGUCUGUUAAGCCUCCCAUUUUUUCAUGUUUUGGAGACAUUGCCUUGGCAAUUGGAGAAAAUUUUGAGAAGUACCUAUUAUAUGCCAUGCCUAUGCUUCAAAGUGCCGCAGAGCUCUCUGCUCACACUGCUGGAGCUGAUGAUGACAUGACAGAAUACACAAAUUCUUUGAGAAAUGGAAUCUUGGAGGCAUACUCAGGGAUCUUUCAAGGGUUUAAAGGUUCCCCAAAAACCCAGCUUUUGAUGCCUUAUGCUCCUCACGUGCUGCAAUUCUUGGAUAGUUUGUACAUGGAGAAGGACAUGGAUGAUGUUGUGACGAAGACAGCAAUUGGUGUGCUUGGAGAUUUAGCGGAUACUUUGGGUAGUAAUGCUGGUCCCUUGAUUCAGCAAUCUGUGUCUAGCAAAGACUUCCUCAAAGAGUGUUUAUCAUCUGAUGAUCAUUUGAUUAAGGAGUCUGCCGAAUGGGCCAAGUUGGCAAUUAGUAGAGCAAUUUCAUUUUGA